UAUUAAAAUAAUAUAAAAAUUAAUAUAUAUAAAUAAGUAAUAAAUAUUUCAUGAUAAAAAAUAUUAUGUUGAUAGGAUCGAAGCAGCAGUUUCCAAAGAGGCUGUUAUUUGACUGUUAGUAGAGAUGGAGUUAUUAAUUAUUGGUCAUUAGAUUUUAAAUACGAACGCAGUGUACAAUCUACAAAUCGUUAGUAUUUUUAUAUAAAUUAUUUUAUAUUCUUUUACACUCAUAGUUCUUAUAUAUUUAUAGCAUUUUUGAAGGUGCAACAAACCGCAAUAACUGAUAUGAUAUUAAUGCCAGAUGUUCAAAUAAUAUGUACAAGCUCUACUGAACGUGAUUUAAGAUUUUAUGAUGUUGUAGCAAAGAAAUUUGAAUUGCGUGUGAUGGUUUGUACUGAAUUAGCAGUUGCGCAAAAUUUCUUCACAUUAUAUGAAACUGUAAAAUAUUCUUAGAUAUCAAGUUUGAAUUAUGUUGUCGUAUGUAUGUCAUAUUACUUCAGUUCAAACAUAAAGGAAAAUUCUUACAUUAUUUUGGGAGAUACAAAUGGAUCUAUUAUAAUCAUGACUUUUUCUUCCAUAGAAAAAGGACCUUUUAAACAACAAUCUGAAUACAAUACAAUAUUCAUGCGCUACGAAGCAGUUAUCAGAGAUGAGCUGCCUAAUCUAAAAGUUACAGAAAUUAAGCAUGUACAUACAAAUUGGGUAAAUCAAGUGGCUUAUUAUGGAAGUCUUAAAGCUUUCAUGUCUAGCAGCAAAUGUUCAGAAUGUUCAUUAUUAUUUAGUGAUCCUACAAGGAUGAGAAUACAAUAUAAGUUUAUUGUUACAAGGGGAAUAACUUGUUUUAAUUUUUGUGAAGAAAGUCAAAUACUUGUAACAGGUGGCCCUGAUUGUAUAAUUCGAGUUUGGAAUCCUUUUGUACCAACAAAAGCAAGCAAUAUUUUUCAAGGACACAAAGCAACUAUUUGUGCUAUAAUAUUACAAAAGGCAGGCCAGCGUAUAUAUUCUUUAUCAAAAGAUAAAUGCAUAAAAGUUUGGGAUGUUCCUACUUAUACUUGUAUACAGACAUACAAUGGUCUACAAAGUGAACUAAGUGAAAACGUAAGAGUAUCCGUAAUUUAUAAUAAAUUAACACAUAAAAUGAUCAUUGGUAGUACGAUAAUUGCCAUUGUUGUUUGUGAACAAGUAAUCAAUAAAGAAAUAUCAGAUGGAAUUUCUCAUACAAAGCCUGUUAGUUCUGUACUUUAUAAUCAUUUGUAUAAACUGAUUGUUUCUACAGGAUUAGAUUCAUGUAUUAUAGUAUGGGAUCCUUGGCUUGGUCGUCGUUUAUAUUUAGUGACUAAUGCUCAUAGUAUUUUACUAUAUGGACAAUAUGUUAACAUUGAAAUUACUGCUGCUACUUUCGAUAACUCUGAACAAUUAUUGGUAACAGGUGCUAGAAAUGGAUCAUUAAAAAUAUGGAAUUUUAAUACAGGAACAUGCUUACGAAAUAUGGCAAUAGAGGAUCAAUGUGAAAUAACUAGUUUAACUUGGGUGGAGAAUCGUGUUUUAUGUACAGGAUGGAAUCAACGUGUUACAGAAUUUACUAUCUCUGAACUUCACACAUAUAAAAAAAGCUGGGAGUUAAUACAUACAGAUGAUGUACUUUUUUCAGCUGUACAAUAUCCACAAGUUUUAGCCACUGCUUCAUAUAAUGGAGAAAUAAUUUUGUGGCAACUUGAAACAGGUCAACCAUACAGAAGAUAUCAAGUGAGUAAUGCAACUGGAAGCAAAUACAUUGAUAUUUGUUCUCAUCAACAAUCAGCAAUAAAUAGAACUCGAUUAGUAACUAUCUGUGCCAUUAUAUAUUUAAACUCAAGACCAAUGAAUCCUAAUAUUGGUACAUUAUUAGUUUCACUUGAAUCUGGAAUUGUACAAGUUUGGAGUCAUCAUCCUGCUGGAGGAUUCUUAACAGGUUUCUCAGUUAUUCAUGCGAGAAGAGAUUCUGCUAUUUCUUUAGCUACUGAUCCUGAAAAUAAUUUCUUGAUAACAGGCCAUUGUCUUGGAUAUAUAAAAGUUUGGUAUCUUGCAAAUUAUACAAUACCUAAUCCUCCUAAAGUAUGUAUGCCACUUUUAAGAUUAGAAUUUCCAUUUCUUUGGAAAGAUAUAAUAAAUGGUCGUGCUAAGCGGGCUGUACAAGACCAAUCAUUACCACUUUUAUUAUCAUCCCUUCGUGGUCAUACAAAGGCAGUUACGUGUCUUCAGAUAAUUCCUGAUGCACGUAUUAUUAUUAGUGGAAGUGCAGAUCAUACAGUACGUUUAUGGACUUUGGGAGGUCGUUAUAUAUCAACUCUGGGAACAUUUAGAGAAUGGAUGCCAAUUUUACCUCAUAUAGCUGCAUCUAAAUAUUUUCAACAUUUUAGAUAUCCCAUGGAUAUUAAAAGAUCUGCUAGUUUCACUACUAUGAAAGUUCUUCAAGGAGGUCUAGGCUCAGUAGAGACUAAAGAUAUCGAUGAAAUUGAUUAUUUGAAGGUAAUUCCAGAACAGAGUAGACAUAUAUUGUAUGGAGAACAAUUACAAAGUCCAAUUCUUGGAAAUUAUUACAAAGUAUCUGACGAAACAAAACGUUAUAUUGAGCCAACAGUUUUGGAUAAUUCUUUAACACAUAUACCCAUCUACACACACCUAAUAACACAUACUUUAAAACACAUUGAAUCUAAGUUAUCCUUAAUCGUACAUGGUCAAAAAAAGGAAUUUUUGUAAAACGAUAUCAUCAUUGUCAUUAUUUCUACUCAUGUCAAAUAAUAUUAUGGAUAAAUGAAAAUAUGAUACAUGAAAAACUAAAUUUAUAUAAU